AUGAUCGCAGAAAUUCCCAAAGACAAUUCCAAGGCAUUCCAAUCCGUCGCGACUUUGGGCUCGGACUCACCCGUUUCCUCCUCGCCCUCCCCGGAAGCUGGCCGGUUGCUGAGCAGGAGGCGGGACGCGCGCACCAACGGCAGCGGCAUCCAUCCGGAGGAGAGCGGCAGCAUUCGGCCGCUGGUGUCCGGCGGCCGCAUGAUGACAUCGGCGGACUUCGCCCACGCCGGCGCCCCUCUGCUGGCUCCCCGUUCGGCGCGCAGCCUCCUCUACAAGGUCCUGUGCUUCAUGCUCCUCGUCCUGCAGGGCGGCGUGCUGGACUUCUACCUCAUCGCUUUCACCGACCUGUACUGGUGCUCGUGGAUCGCCACGGACCUGGUGGUGGUCUCCGGCUGGGCGAUUUUCUUCGUGAAGAACGCGCGCGGCAAGCGGGAACGGGCCUGCGGCUUCCACCAGAAGGGCUCCGCUUACGGCGGUUGCAACCUGGGCGAGUUCACCUACGCCUACCUGGCGUGGCUCGUCCACGUCAUCGCGUGCACCCCCAAGGUGGCGCUGGUCCUGGAGACCUCCAUCCUGGACCUGGUCGCCGCCAAGGUGCCGUGCGGGCUCACCGGCUUCAAGAUCGUCACCUUGCUCUCGGCGCCGCUGCUCUUCUGCCUCAUCAACGCCGUCAUCGAGGACCUGAACGGGGCCACCCGGCAUCACUCCCAGAGCUGCUUCACCUCCACCUGCUUGGAUCUCAUCGACAGCUUCUUCCUAGUGGAGGCGCUGCUCCGGAGCGAGAUCCCCACCCCGUACCUCAAGUACACCGUCAUCUCGGCGUACUUCGUGGCGCUGGCCGCUCCCGUCUUGUGGUUGUACGAGCUGACCGCGUCGGAGCUCCGCUGCCGGUGGCUGUGGGCUCGCUUCUUCUCCGCGGGGCUGCUGGUCAACGCGCCGCUGCUGGUGGUCCGCUGCUUCCAGGUGUACGUGUACGAGGGCCCCGUGUCGGUGUUCAUGUUCAAGAACGUCUUCUUCCUGGCGUGUAAGGCGCUGGAGCUGGCCGAGCAGUGCGUGGCCGUGCGCGUCGUGCGAAGGAGGCUGGCCGGGGCCGGUCACCACCAGGCUCAUUUCUCGCACGGCGUGUCCGAGAACGACAUGUGUCCGCACGGAUACGUCAACACGCUGGCAGUCGCCCAGUCCUAGUCGCUCCUAAAAUGCAGUAACUAUGAAGCCAGUUGAUUAAAUAAGAAUCCAUGCAGCCCCCACCCCCCCCCAGGCCCUCCACCACAUGCAUAUUACAUUGCCCGUGAAUUAAUUAAAAUGCGAAAUCUUCCAAAAUAAUGUCAAACUAUUCACCAUUUAAAUGCGAAAUUUCAUUCAGAAAGUAUUUUAGGCAUUUUGUUUAAAAUGUAAAAUACAAUAUUUUGCGCUAUAUAUACAGUAUAUUAGAGGUAUUUACAUUUUUAAGACACAAUUAUACUUCAAACUAAAACGUUUUGAAAUUCUAUGUUG